CCCGGCCCGACCCCCGCCGCUUGCCGCGGCGCCGCCGUUCCCCCCCCCCCCCCCCCCCCCCCCCCCAGCGCUCCCGUUCCGGGCGGCCGCCGGUAUGGCGGCGCCGGGCGGCGAGGGGAGCGGGGCGGGCCGGGCCCUGCAAACCGCCAUGAGGGCGGCGAGCGGUGCCUUGGAGAUGGACAGCGCCGGGAGGCCGCGGGACGCCUACGUGGAAUACCUGAAGAGCAUCGCCUUCAUCGCCCAGGCCCUGCAGGACGAGGCGGUGGGCGCAGACAGCACCGGGGGGGUCACCCCCGACACCCCGAAGAUGCUGAAGCUGGCGGAGCAGUGCCUGGAGAGGGUCAAAUCCAUCGCGGCGGCACUGGGGAAAACGCAGGGAAAACCGGCUGCGCAGGAGCGGGGCGGGGGUCCUGCGCCCCUCCCCAGGCACCGCCGGGUUUUUUCGGACGAGGGGGGGAAGCUCGCUCCCUUCCCGCCGCCGGAGAUCUUCCAGAAGCUGCAGAUCGCCGAGGCGCAGAGCGCGCGGAAGGAGCUGACGCCGCUGGAGGAAGCGUCUCUGCAGAACCAGAAGCUGAAAGCUGCCUACGAAGCGCGGGUGGCGCGGCUGAACCCCAGCCAGGCCCUGCAGAAAACUUCCCUGACGCUGUCCCUGCAGCGGCAGAUGAUGGAGAACCUGGUGAUCGCCAAAGCGCGGGAGGAGACCCUGCAACGGAAAAUGGAGGAGCGGCGGCUGCGGCUGCAGGAGGCUGCCAACCGGAGAUUCUCCAGCAGCGUGGCGCUCACCCCCGAGGAGCAGGAGCAGAGAGCCCUCUACGCCGCUGUCCUCGAGUACGAGCAGGACCACGACUGGCCGCGGCAGUGGAAGGCCAGGCUGAAGCGGAGCCCGGCAGACCUCGCCCUGGUGUCGGGGCUCUUCUCCUGCCUCCUCAGCUGCCCCGAGCACCCCAUCGCCCAGCUCCUGCGGCAGUCGCAGUGCGCGGUGUACGCCCGCCUCUACCCGGCUGUCAGCGGGGGCUCUGCCGACGCCGCCCCCGCCUCCCCCACCGGCCUCUCCUUCCUCUCGCCAGACUCGGGGGGCUCGGUGCCCACCGAGCCGGGGGGCCGCCGGCUCCGAGCCUCCCGCAGCCUCCACUGCAUGUUCUCGGUGCCCGAGCACGGCCCGGCCGGGCUGCGGCACAGCCUCUCCAGCACCCCCCUCGCCGACCCCACCACCCCAAGGGCGGAGGGUGGGGAGCCGGCGGCAGCCCCUCAACCCCCCCGGGAAAGCUCCUUUGAGGAUCUGGAGCGAUUCCUGGCAUCGCCGGAUUGCUGGGCCCCUGGGGAACCCCCGGCCGGUCCCGGGCAGGAGCCGGCGCUGCCGGAGCAGCUGAAGGGGGUCGUGCGGGACAUCCACAACGCCAUCGACAGGCUGCUGUCCCUGACGCUGCUGGCCUUCGAGGGGCUCAACACGGCCGCCGGCAAGGACCAGUGCCUGGCGUGCCUGGAGGAAGCCUUCUUCCCCCCGCUCUGGCCCCCGCUUCUGGCUCUGUACAGAACGGUGCACCGGCCCCGCGAGGCGGCCCUGGCCCGCAGCAUGGAGCGGCACCGGCACGCCGGCCCCGCCGACAUGGGGCUGUCGUCCCGGCUCUUCCCCCCCCCGGCCCCCGGCCGCCCCCCGUACGGCUCCGCCGUCGAGGACCUGCGCCUCAUCCCGCUGGAGACCUGUCCCCGCAGGAAGCUGGAGUGCAUCGUGCGAGCCCUGCGCGGCAUCUGCGAGUGCGCCGAGGAGUACUGCGGCCCCCGGGACGGCCGGAGCCCCGCUGCCGCCAUCGGGGCGGACGACCUGCUGCCCAUCCUGUCCUACGUGGUGCUGCGGACGGGGCUGCCCCAGCUGCUCUCCGAGUGCGCGGCGCUGGAGGAGUUCAUCCACGAAGGGUACCUGAUCGGGGAGGAGGGCUACUGCCUGACGUCCCUGCAGAGCGCGCUGGCCUACCUGGAGUCCCUGCAGUGAGGCGGCGGCACCGGGGGACCCUCUCCCCCCCACCCAGGGGCAGGAGGAGCGCGGGCAGCGGGACCGGCAGCGGUACCGGCGCUGCCUGGAGCGGGAGUUCCGCCGGGGCCGCGCCGGGCCCUGCCCCGAUCCGUC